AUGGACGCAGAACAUCACUUGGAGAUGGAGAUCAAGGAGGAAGAAGGAGAGGAGGUGAUGGAGAUGACGACGGUGCCCUCUCCUCGGUUCAGGAGGAUCUGCGUCUUCUGCGGAAGCAGCCAGGGGAAGAAGAAGAGCUACCAGGAUGCUGCAGUCGAGCUCGGCGAGGAGCUGGUCUCAAGGAACAUUGAUCUGGUCUACGGCGGGGGAAGUGUCGGGCUAAUGGGCCUGGUCUCUCGAGCAGUCUACAAUGGAGGGAGGCACGUCAUAGGGGUGAUUCCCAAGACCCUCAUGCCGAGAGAGAUAACAGGUGAGACGGUUGGGGAGGUGAAGGCCGUGACAGAUAUGCAUCAGAGGAAGGCUGAGAUGGCCAGGCAAUCUGAUGCCUUCAUAGCACUUCCAGGAGGCUAUGGAACCCUUGAAGAGCUGCUGGAAGUGAUCACAUGGGCGCAGCUUGGCAUUCACGACAAGCCGGUUGGGCUGCUAAAUGUGGACGGGUACUACAACUCCCUCCUAUCCUUUAUCGACAAAGCUGUAGAGGAAGAGUUCAUCAGCCCGACUGCUAGCCACAUCAUCGUCUUGGCCCCGACACCGAAAGAACUGCUCGACAAGUUAGAGGAGUAUUCCCCCCGGCACGAGAAGGUGGUGCCGAAGAUGAAGUGGGAGAUGGAGCAGCUGAGCUACUGCAAGAGCUGCGAGAUCCCGCCGGGGCUCAAAGAAGGGAAGCCGAUCAUCCAAGCACAGCGAGGAGCCAUGCUCUGA